UUCACUGCAGCUCCCCUCCCUUCUGUUUGUUAUACAGCACUUCUCAUUCUGAUGGUGGUUCAGUUCCUGAUGGAGGAGCAAAACGUUAUCACAGAGGUCCCACCAGCCCUAAAGCGUCUGGCCAAGUAUGUGGUGCGUGGUUUCUAUGGUGUAGAGUACGCCCUGGCCCUCGAUAUACUGAUCCACUACUCCUGUGUGAAAGAGGAUGACUUGUUACAGCUGCUCAAGUAUGAACGUAAACAGCUGCGUACUGUCCUCAACAUGCUCAAGGCAGACAAGCUGGUGAAAAUGCGUAUGAGAGUUGAAACGGGGCCUAGUGGGAAGAGCACAAGGCACAAUUACUAUUACAUCAAUUACAAGGUGCUGGUGGAUGUGGUAAAAUACAAACUAGAUCAUGUGCGCCGGAAAAUAGAAGCGGAUGAGCGGGAUUCAACUACCAGGUCCUCUUUUACAUGUCCAUCUUGCUCUAGCACUUACACAGACCUUGAAGUCAAUCAGCUCUUUGAUGCAUUUACAGAGACUUUCCACUGCACUUACUGCAACACUGAAGUAGAGGAAAAUGCCUCAGCGUUUCCAAAGCAUGAUGCUCAAACCUUGUUAGCGAAGUUCAAUGAGCAGAUGGAACCUGUCUUUGUCCUGCUGCGUGAGACUGAAGAUAUUGUUCUACCAUAUGACUUGCUGGAGCCUCAGCCAACAGAAAUACCAGAAUUAUCAGAAAGCUUUGAUCAGAAGUUGGGCUCAAGUGCGCUGAAAUCCUGCAGCUGCCCUGAAAAAUGGGCAUACAGAAGUUCCUCUUUCAGCAUUACGUACACCCAAAAUGUAGUUAUUGAUGUCCAAGACUCAAAGCGCAAAAAGAAAAGAGAAAAAGCAACUACAGAACAACCUAUCUGGUUGUCACAGAGCACUAUGGAAGGAGCAACAAUAGCCACCAACAACAGUGGAGUAAAUGCUUCUAAAGAAAUUGAAGAAACUGUUGACAACAAUGAAAUCCUCAAGACUCUUCUGACCCAUGAACUUAAGUCAUCGUCUAGCACACAUCAGGCUCCUGUUGUUCAAAGCAAACUACAUGAAUCAGGCAGUGAUAGUAGCGAGUUUGAAGAGGAUGCCAAGUGCUCAAGAGGAGCAGGAAUGAAAGCAGCAAGCAGCAACUCUGAACAAGAGGAACAGGAAACUCUAGGUCCUAUUUUAAUGGUAGCUGGACAACCGCGUGCAUAUGGUGAAGUCAGUGAAAAUCCAGAGCUUGUCUCUCUUAUGACAAAAGAAGAGAGAGAAGCUUAUAUAAAAGUAGGACAAGAAAUGUUUUGGUCUGUCUUUGAGUAA